AUGUCAAAUUUCGACACGAAUAGGUGGUACCAGAUAUAUCUCCUAGACAACACAGUCCAAUCCCUCGCCGGCACCAUUCUAUAUAACCAAGGCAGAAGUGGUGCAGUAUUUAUCCAGGACACCAAUCUCACCUCGGGCGGACAACAGUGGCAAAUCUUCCCAUUCAACGAAACUUAUCAUGUUUUACGAACGAAAGAUUCAGGUCCGACGGGAUAUCUACACGCCUCGUUUUCCGUAGAUGAAACAACGCCUGGUCUUACGGUACCCGACAUGAGAGAUGCGGAAAUUCAAGAUGAUAGCAUGUUUUGGCAGAUUGACCCUUGGGGCGAUGGGACGUUUUUCAUGACGAAUGCGAAUAAUGGAUCGGAUUGGCAUCUUAAUGUUAAGGAUACUGGGUUGAUGUCGUUGAGUUCGAAUGUUACUCAACCGCAGGGGGGACAGCAGUUUAACUUUGGGAGACUGGAUGCCAUUGAUGAUGUCAAAUAUUCGAGUGUUAUCUUACCUCCAUCAGCAUCAGAACCCACCCAGACUCCAUCACCUGCAACCUCUCAAACAGUGCCGUCACCUACACCCUCUCAAACAACACCAUCACCAACACCAUCCUCUACAUCCUCAUCAAAUGGCCUCUCAUCAGGGGCGCAAGCUGCCAUCGGCGCGAGUCUCGGUGGUGCAGCAGCUAUAUGCUUUUUGAUACUUGCUUUUUUUCUUAUGCGAAGGCGCAAACGACAAAAGAACUCGCUGGAAUAUCCACCUGAAUACUCUAAAGACGGUUCCAUGGGCCCGUUUAUUCGAAAAGUUCCGAAUGAGCUGGAUGCUAGGACAAAUCCUGUUGAGUUGCCGACGAGUGCUCAUAGUGUGGAGUUGCCUGUUAGUCGGGCGAAGUAG